ACAUAAACCCUCUCUUACUCAAUCUUCUUCCCACAUUUCAUCUACCACUAACCAUCUCCUAUUCUCCUUCCAUCAAAUUUGCACACAAGGAGGAUCCAAAACAUGGAUGUAAGGGAAAAUAAUAGUGAAAGUGAAGUGCUUGAAGCAAACGACCUAUAUUACAACAUGGCAAAAACUAGUGAGGAUGAAAAUAUAUGUAGUGAUGUUGUGAUAUCGAUCGAAUACAUGUUGAAGCAACUGCCUCCUAUUAAUGAAAAAAGUAGCAUCUAUCGAGUUUCCAAACAGCUGCGCCACAUGAAUCCUAAAGCCUACACCCCUCAAGUUAUUUCUAUUGGUCCUUUCCACCAUCAAUGUGAUCAAAUGGAUUUUAAAGUCGCAGAACAAUAUAAGCUUCAAGGUCUUAUUAACUUUCUAGGUCGUAUCGGUGAUAAGAAAAUAAAUUUAUUGAAUGAUGAUGCUGCCAAAAUUAUAUCGUUGGAGGACCUACUGGAAACCGGAUCGUUGAAGACGCUCGUGGGAAAAGCUCAUUCUUGGAUUAAAGAAGCCCGCAAUUGCUAUGCAGAACCCAUAGACAUGGACGAUCGUAAGUUUCUUAGAAUGAUGCUUGUGGAUGCUUGUUUCAUGGUGGAAUUAUUUAUACUAGAAUAUAACACUGCAUAUUUUUCAUUACUCUACCAAAGAAUGACCGUAGAUAUAUUUUAUGAUUUGAUGAAGUUGGAAAAUCAAGUUCUUUUCUUUCUUCUUCAAAAUUUGUUUUACCUAAUACCAACAAUCCCCGACGGGCCUGAGUCCAUUAUUGAUCUAGUUAAAUGGUUUGUUUUGAGGAAUUGGUCAUUGGUAGGUGAAUAUAAAGAUUCCCCUCUCCAGUGGGGUAAUACACAACCAAAGCACUUGGUGGAUUUCUUAAGUUUCUACCUCCACCCCCCACCCAACCGUAUGCAGCAAAACAGUGAGAGGAAGAAGAAGAGAAAUUUCUUAAACUUGUUCCGAGUAUGCUUGUGUUGUCUUCGGAGAAAGGCUGAUGAGGAAGUGUUGCUUCCUCCAUCCAUAACUAAGCUUUGCGAGGCUGGUGUCACCAUCAAGAAAGCAAAAGAUGCCAAAUAUUUGAUGGACAUAAGCUUCAAAAAUGGGGUUUUGAAAAUCCCACCUUUACAUAUUUAUGAUGACUUUAAACUUAUAUUGCGAAACGUGCUAGCAUUUGAGCAACUGCCCACAGGAAGCCAGAGUCAUAGGAAUAAGUAUCUAUGCCAAUAUGUCAUAUUUCUGGAUCAUUUGAUAAGUACAAAGAAGGACGUGCAUUUACUUGUGGAGGCCGGAGUCAUAAUCAAUAAUAUUGGCGGUAGUGAUAAAGAAGUUUCGGAUCUAUUUAACAACCUCAAUAAAUUUGUCACUAUCCCGAACUCCACCCACUACGACCAUAUCAGCAAAGAUCUGCGUGCAUACUGCGAUGGAUGGUGGAACAAGGCCAAAGCUUCACUCAAACAUAACUAUUUUAAUACGCCAUGGGCCUUUAUCUCCUUCUUUGCUGCAACCUUCCUCAUUCUUCUCACCCUCCUUCAAACCAUUUUCUCUGUAUUUCCUCACUAACUCCAAAUUCAUCCCUGCAGUUAUGUUAUAUAUAUGUUAGUUUCAGUUUUACU